CCGGGUGCGGUUUUUCUGGAGAAAAACACACGCUUUUGCAUCGCAAUUUGUUGUUACUUUCCAAUAAAUAUUCAUGGGCUGUGCAAGCGCCAUGUGCCACCAUCUCUGCUUCCUGGUCGCUCUCAUUCUGUCAUUCUGCUACGGUUUUGCCCAAGACCUGCCACCUGUGGCCUGCCCAGGUAACUUUAAAUACCUGGAGAGAAACGAUCGAAUCGUGGGGCAGGUGUCCGUGGUCCUAGAUGCCUCCAAAGCGAAUCUCGUGCAGGUCGAGCUCUCCCAGCCGGAUGUAACCGCCGAGGGUGACCCGGGCGAAAUUAAAUUAUUGGGCAGCGAUGCCUCUGUGAGGCACAAGCUGCAGAACAAUGAGAAAAUCAACUUUCUGAUCAAAUUUCCCUUGCCGAACGUGGUGCCCAAGCUCACAAGGAUUAUCGUCAACUCGGAAACCAUUUGCCAGGCUUUACCGUAUGAUCCACCUAGUCUACAAAUCUUCUUGGCGCAUACGGUGAGCACAAUCAUUCCGCUAGCCGCUCAACCCUUUCCAAUGCCCCAGGCGAUACCAACCUUUGAUGGUCCUCGGCUGCUCCCGGCUGUCACUCCGCGCCCUCAGCUGCCGCCUCUCCAGAUGCCGCCUCCCCAACUGCCGCCUCCCCAACUGCCGCCUCCUCAGCACCUGCCACAGCCAACUCAGUCGGUGACACCAACCAACCCUCCACCGAUCCGUCGGAUAAAUGACGCUCCCCAAACCCUCGGGCAGCUUAACACGGUCUGCGGAAGGGAAAAGCCCAUUCAGACGGCUUUUAUCCACUUUGGCGAUGUGGUGCAGCGAGGUCAGUUCCCCUGGAUGGUGGCUCUGCUGGAGCGCAUCGGGAAUGAGUAUAGCUUCACCUGCGGCGGCACCCUGAUCUCCGCCAGAACGGUGAUCUCGGCGGCACAUUGCUUCCGCUUUGGAAGCAAGAGUCUGUCAGCAGCACGCACCGUGGUCUCACUGGGUCGCAAUAGCCUGGACAUAUUCUCGCCCGGUGACUUGCAGGGAGUGUCUCUGCUGGUGCUCCAUGAACACUACGAUGUCAAUACAAUCACUGACGCGGACUUGGCACUGCUGCAGCUGACUAACCAAGUUCAAUUUACCGAUUUCGUCAAGCCCAUCUGUUUGUGGAACGAAAACUACCUGCUGGACCUGCCCUCCGGCCACAAAUCGUACGUUGCAGGCUGGGGCGAGGACGAGCACGGAAACAAGAAUACGCGGCUGGCCAAGAUGACGAGCACGGACAUCAUCACGCAGACGGAGUGCCGGGGCAACCUCACCUUCGAGAAUGUGCGAUAUGUCACCUCGAACACCAUCUGCGCCAGCAACGCGAAGGCGUCGGGUCCUUGCAGCGGCGACUCCGGCGGAGGCCUAAUGCUGGAGGAGCAGGACAUCUGGAUGCUGCGCGGAGUGGUCUCCUCUGGACAGAGGACGAGCAAGGGUUGCGACCUGACCAAGCCAGUCAUAUACACGGAUGUGGCGAGGCACAUUGACUGGCUGCUUAGGACCAUGUGGUUCUGAGGGAUCACUAGAAUAUUGUGCCAAAAUAAAUUGUGGAGAUGGGAUUGAUAUGGAAACUA